CACACCGACAACUACAACUUAUACCCAAGUUAAGGUCACGCUAUAGCUUCUAUUCAACUUACACAUAGUAUUAAACACAUCUUACUACUAAUUGAAUUAAAUAACCAUCUCUUACCUAAUAGGUAUUCCAGAAUGUCUUCAACGAGGCCAUGGUUGGACAGAGUCUACCUUGUGUAUUUUCUCAUCCAUAUUCCGAUCUUGUUCUGUGUUGAUCUUGUACCCCUUUACCCAGCAUCCUUCUGGGUCCCAACAUCGUCACCACUUCACUUCCUAUACGAGUUACGUGUUUAUUAUAUAAAUGCCUACAAUGAUCAGUUCUUCGCACCGCCGCCAGCAACUAUCCCGAGCUUUUUUCCUCUAUUUGCCUUCCUGGAGCUCGUCUUUCAUUUGCCGGUCUCCCUAUGGGCAGUCCGUGCGCUCUUCAGCGGUAGAUUGAACGGCAGUGCCGAAUUGUUGCUCCUUGUAUAUGGCAUCGAAACGGCGUUGACUACCGCGACCUGCAUGUACGAAGCAUUCCUAUGGGACCCGGCUGUGGUGACCACCGAGCAGAAAGUGGUACUGUUAUGUGGCCUAUACGGAGGAUAUCUUGCCAUUGCCGUCAUACUGAGCGCCGAUAUGUAUACACGGCUGCUAAAUCGCUUUAAUGCUCUUGAUACUAGGAAGAAAUCAUUGGGAAACAAGGAGAACAGAUAUUGACGGCUCGUUAAUUAUGGCUACCCAAGGCGCAUCGUAGCUUGCCUUUCCACUUCCAUUGGUAUCAUCGCUGUAACAGGUACCUAAUAUAUCUAAUACAA